CUUCCCCGCCCCCUACUGUGUCCCCGGAAGCGUUAGGUCCCUUCCACUACUGGGGCUGUGACCCGGAGGAGUUAAGGCGCUCUAGGAGCCACCACCACCAUGGUUCCAGCUGUCCGCGCCGCUCGAAAGGCUACUUGGUAAGACCGGGCCGAGCUACCAGCACCUCAGUCCGUGGCCGGGCUCGUCCCCCGACCUCCACACUUCCCCUUCCCAUGGCUUGGGCACACGAGGAGACCACCGGGGGAAGGAGGCAGCAGUGGUCCUGAAACUGGAGGCUGGAGCCCUGGAGCCCUGGCCAUGGCCGGCCAGUUCCGCAGCUAUGUGUGGGACCCCAUCCUGAUCGUCUCCCAGAUCGUCCUCAUGCAGAAUGUCUACUAUGGCUCCUUGGGUCUGUGGUUGGCCCUGGUGGACAGCCUGGUGCAGAGCAGCCCCUCUCUGGACCAGAUAUUCAGCCCGGAGAUCCUGGGCUUCUCUACUCCUCCUGGCCGUCUCUCUAUGAUGGCCUUCAUUCUCAAUGCUCUUACCUGGGACCUGUGGGGACCCCAACGCUGGGCAAGCGGCCUCCAGAGGGAGAGGAAGGAUGAACUCUCCUUACCCACAGACUGCCGGCAGCCCCUGUGCCUCAGCCAUGCUGCUUCCCAGCUGCAGUACGCAGGCAGAAAAUCCGCGGUACACUUGAAGGCAUUCUACUUGGGCAUCCCGAGCCUUGCCUGAAGUCCCUGGAAUAGAAGAGAGGGGAUGGGAUGGGAUGAGCUAGCCCAGCUCCAUAUGCAGUGGCAGUAUAGGUCGCUAGUCCUGCUCCCCCGACUCUACCCCCAAUCCCCACAACGGCACUUGUCGGACAAUCACUGAACAACUUGUCGCUCUCCCUCAUGCAAACUCUAGUUUUCCUGUUGCUCGCCCUGUACCCCAGAAAAAGCCCGUUCUUAAGCCACCACGGUUCACUCUCCUCAGUCUUCCGGGACCCCACAUCCCCCCACCCCCGAGCCUUUCAUCCGGGUCUUCCCUUCACCCUACCUCAAUUUACAGUUAAACUCAUUUUGCCCCAGGCAGUGAGAGAGACAAACAAGUUGGGCAGGACUAGGAAGAAGGGAGCCAAGGGAGGCUCUAGGACCGAGGGGGAGGUUCCGCGGAUACAGAGAAGGAAGCCUCUUGGAGUGGGAAUGGGCAGAGAGACCAAAAGGCGUUCCUAAAUAAGAGGAAACGCGGAGGGUGCGGAGACAAAGCUGGGCGCAGUGGCGGGUUGAGAGCGCACACGCUCUAGAGGAUAAAAAGCAGUUUGCGCUGGGCACGGAGAGUGCCGCUCAGGGACUUACUUAACUGGGAGGGAAGGCGCCACAGUCGCAGCCCCAAAGGGAAGAAAUUAGAACGCAGAAGUGAGAGUUUGCCCAGGGAGGGAAGAGAGCGCACCUUGGGGGCUGGAGGCGGGAGGACGAACGUGGAGGAGCAGAGAGGGCGCAUCGCAGAGAGAUGCAGUGAGUGUUUCAGCAUCUCUUGGGUGACUUACCAAAGGUGGGCAGCAACAGCAGCAGCAGCAGCCCCGAAAGCAGAAGACCCAGCGCCAUGGCUUCUCUUAGCGCAGUCUGCACGGUCCCAAUGUGGAAAACGGAGCCGCGGAACCCGGAGCCCAAACCGCUCACGCUUAGCUUCAUCUUAGCCAACCCGUUAGCUCCCACCGCCUGGCUCCCUCCUUCUCCCUCCCUCAGCUGCCCAGUGUGCGGCUUGCCUCACCGCCCCAGGUCCCGCACCUGGCCAGGCUCACUAGCCAAAACCAGCUGCCGCUGGGUCCCGUCCAGAGGCUUGAGACUAAUAGACAAGCAACAAAGGAGGAACUGUUGGGUCGGACCGGAGUCCUACGAGGGAAAAAGCACUGCCUGGAUUCCGAGGACUUGGAUCCAAAUCCUUCCUCUUAUGCUUCCUACCUGCGUGAUCGUGGGCAAAUCACCAACUUCCCGGAUUCAUCUGUAAAAUGAGUAGGUGGGACCAGUGGCUCCUGAAUUUCCUUUCAGUUCAAAAUCAAAAUCUCUGAUCCUAAUGAUCCUAUAGUCAUAGACCCAAUGUUCUUAUAGAGGAAGAAACUGAGGCCGAGUCAGGACGGAAUCACUGAUUAAACUUAGAAUCUAAGUCUCCUCAAGCUAAAUUUGGGCUCCAGGUCUCCUGGUCCUUUGCAUCCGAUCUGCAUCUUAUCUCUAACCCUUUUCAAUAUGUUAUUUUAAAAAAUAUCAGUUUGAGUCAAUGACAAGAACUCUGGUCUCUUUUCACUUAUUUGUUUAUGCAUUUACUUAUUCAUUCAUUCAUUUAAUUGUUUAUUUUUUAAGAACUCUGGUUUCUGAAACAGAAACUGAGUUCUAAUUCUGGCUCUGGACACUUGCCCGCUUAGUGAUCCUGAGCAGUUCACUUCCUCUUUUGGGGUCUCACUUUCCCCAUCUGUAAAAUGAGGGGCGAUCUCUAAGGAUCAUAUCCAAAUCUAAAUCUAGCCUUUCCAAAGUGGAAGGAGCUGCCAGAGGCUUGGUGAAACUCCGGGUUGUGGUCAUCUACAAUGAAGCAACAUUGUAUGAUGAUCAACUGUAAUAGACUUGGCUCUUCUCAGCGGUGCAAAGAUCCAAGACAAUUCCAAAGAACUCAUGAUGGAAAAUAUUCUCCACAUCCAGAAAAAAGAACU